AUGAAUUCCAAAGGUAUAGUGCAGCAGUGUAAAGCAUUGGGAUGUUGCGACGCGUGUUGCCUUCGUUUUAUAGGCAUUAGAAAAGAUUCAGCGUACGCAAAGUGCCACGAAUUCGUAUUGAAAUAUUUAGAUAAGGAAGGAGAAAACUAUGAAACAAUCACACAAUGUGAUUCAGCCAAUGGUAAUGCUUCAAUAACCAGUGAUGAGAAUGAAGUGACCAAUAAUGACCCACCACAACUGGAUCCUGCUCAUGGAAUCCCAUCACUUGAAGUUCCACCACCUUCCGACAUAAGUGAACCUCCUCCCGCAAAGAAAUGUAAGCAAGAGGUGUGCACAAGUUGCCUGGGCAUUUUGCAGGAGAACACAUGGGCGAAGAGUUUGAAUAUAGCUAAGGAGGUUUUUGAUAAGAAAGGCUAUGAUUGCGAAUCAUUCGCCGCCGCUCUGUCCUCGCCUAUGGCCAUAUUGAUUAGAGAAAAGGCGAUCGUUCUUUGCAUCAAAGAGAAAUAUCCUAACUAUGAUGCCUCCUCGAUAACGUCGCUAAAGGAAUCGUGGAAAUUUACGUUCGCGGAACGGCUGGCAACUCACAUCGGGCGUCGGCUCGACUCCGGUGCCGUCGCGUCGCUGUUGGUCACACUUAACAUGGAGUACCCUGAUGAUUUACAGGAACUGGAAAUACUGAAAACCCUGUCGCCAUCUCUCUUCGAAGCUCGAAGCAAACAAGCCAGACGUUUUAUAACGACCUUCACGCGUCCAGCGGUGGAACAGGCGUUGCGUGACGUCACCGCCGGCAUGUUCGGGGCGGUGGAGGGGUGGAGGGACGGCGUGCCGCGAGUGGCGGGAGCGGCGGAAUGCGCCAGCGCUGUUUGGACACGUCUGCCUAUGUAUUUGGGAGGCAGGUAUAUAAAGCUGUCCCGCUGCCUUCCCCAAACGCCAUGGCUGGUGGGAGAUGUGGAAGGGGGCGGAGGGGGCCUCACGGGCUCUGUUCAGCAGACGCUCUUCGAGCCGCUCAUGGAACUACUCGGAAUGACGCCUGAAGAAGCCGAGUCCAGGCUGAAGCUGAUAUCUGCUGGAAGAGAGGACGUCGAUGUCAGAUGCCUUGGCGAGGGAAGGCCUUUCGCCAUCGAGAUCACUGACCCCCGACGGGAGCUAACGGCCGAGGAGUUGCAGCAGGCGUGUGACGUCAUCUCCAAGAGUGGAAACGUCAUCGUUAAAAGUAUGGUUUACGUCUCCAAAGACGAGUUGACCCAACUGAAGAAAGGUGAAGAAACGAAAUGCAAAACUUACGAAGCGUUGUGCAUUAAACUGGGACAUUCUGCCAAUGAUGAACAAAGUGCGGGAAACGAGGACACACCAAUCGCAGUGACCCCGGCAGACAUAGAACUUCUGAACACGUAUUGUAACACAGAACCAUCAGAAGGUGCUAGGAUGCUCUUAAGCCAGAAAACCCCCAUUAGAGUGUUGCAUAGGAGACCACUGCUGGACAGGAAGAGACGGAUAUUGGAGCUCACUGCUUACCCUGUGCCUGGUAAGUUUUCUUAAAACCAAAAUGCAACAAGCACAUAGAAAAAUUCAUACGGUUUACUGGUUCGAUUCGUAGCUCAGUUGGGAGAGCGUCAGCUACGGUACGGUGAAUGAUCUGGUUUGAGUGAAGUCCAGCCGGAUCGAAAGAAUUUUUCUUUGUGUU